AUGGCGAAUUUGGGCGUCGUGUCGGUAUUGUGUCUGUUUCUGGCGCAGGUUGUUGCGUCAUUGACGCAAUACGAGGAGCGCUAUGGGUCACAGCUACGCAGCCUCCCGGCGGACGAGAUUGUGGAGGAGCCGCUGAACAAAUUCGCCUUCGGCAGCUGCCAAAAGAUAGAGCUGAACCCGAAACGCAUCUAUGACUCCAUUACGCGUUACAACCCUGACAUGUUCCUGUAUACGGGAGACAUUGUCUAUGCUCCCAACGGAUGCUGCGAACCACACUGUUUGAAACAUGAGUACAACCGUCUGAAUGCGUCAUCGGUAUAUCGGGAGUUUGCGGCUUCUAUGAAACGCAUGGACGGUAUUUACGACGACCAUGAUCUGGGCAUCAACGACGGGCACAUAAAGUACGAGCAUCGCGAAUUCAGCCAGGAGUAUCUGCUGGACUUCUUUAACAAGCCGGCGGAUCACUACCGGAGGAAGCGUGCCGGCUCCUACUUCUCCAUGCUCUUCCGGGACCCGGAGCAGCCCAAACGCGCGGUUAAGCUGAUCGUGCUCGACGUGCGAUAUCACCGUGACUGCUACUACUAUUGCUCGUGUCACACGUGCCUGUGGAGAAGGAUGCACUUCAACAAGUAUUUCGUGGCGAGGACAAUCAACUAUCUAUUCGGAUUCGGCUGUAACCACAGCGGAGACACGCUGGGAGCGGAGCAGUGGCGCUGGCUGGAGGGGCAGCUGCACCAGUCGGAAGCAGAGGCGCAUAUCAUUGUGUCCUCAAUACAGAUUUUCACACGUUACCCCAUCACUGAGAGCUGGGGAUUGUUGCCCGAAGCGAAGGAAAGGCUUAUGGAACUGCUACUCACGACCCAACCCAAGAAUCCCAUCUUCCUCUCGGGAGAUGUGCACUGGGGUGAACUGAAUGAGAAGGAUGGGGUUGUCGAAGUCACCUCAAGCAGUCUCACGCACUCGUUUUUGGAACAAAACAAAUCGCCGUAUCGCCCAUUCGCUCUGACCUUAUACGUGUUCAAGCGCACCGCCUAUAUGUUCAACAACUUCGGCGGUUUGGAGUUCGAGUACGAUGCCAGCGCGGACGCGCUGAAGUGGAGUGCUAAGCUCUUUAACACCGAAGGGCAAAUAGUUCGUCACUUCUCCAACGACCCUAGGCGAGACCCUCGAUCCAUAUACCACGACGUGAAAACCAAGCGCCAAUCAUUUUUCAAAAAGGAUCGCAUGGUAAAGUGUCGGAGUAUAUUGUGGAAACUGGCCCUUGGAUACGUCUUUCUAUGUGUGCUGUCCUGGAUGGUGCUCACACCCUAUAUCGCCUUGCGUGCCGUCCACCGCCGUGUAUUCGGUACGCGGAGACACAAAACAGAAUAA